AUGGGAGAAUCAAUAGAUGAAAACCAAAACGUGCACAUGUCGAGACAACCUUCUAGAGUUUACCUCCUCCAAACUGCUGCCAAGGAACAUAUUAUGAUUGCAACGUCAAUUCCCAACCAUGAACCACAGAAAUAUUUAGACGGGCGAAAAGAAGACAUAUACCUUAAUAUAUAUUGUUAAACCAAACACACAUAAACAGGGUUAACAAAAAGAUCCAACCAAAAAUACAAUAUAUUACAUAAAGGGUUGCAGGUGUACAUCCAAAAUAAAAGUAAAAAGACAACUAAAAUUUUAAAAGAAAAGGGAUAACUCAAUGAUGGUAUCUCGUCUUCAAGUGCUUACUAGAACAUAGAAUAUAAGAUAUAAACAUAUCCUUUAUGUAUGAAACAAAUGUUGGAUACGGACAACGAAUAUUGCAUAUCGAGCAAAAAGGCCGAGUAGUAUAAUUGUUGUGUCGAAAAAAAAUCUCACCGUUAGGAACUGGGAGCCUUUGACCAACCAUAAGAUAUGGAUCUGGGCCAAGUAAGCAAUUAAUAUGAAGUGUCGUACAACAAUCUUUGCACUCAUAGAAUCCUUCUUUUCCUCCAAUUGCUAACUUUCCCUCACAUAAUUCACACCAAUCUGAGUCACUUGCCUCAUCUCCAUGACAAAAUGUGAGGUAAUGUUCAUCAUGCUUAUACCUUAUCAUGUAUGGUAAGGUGGCGCAUUCGAAACAUACAA